UGUAUUUGUGUAUGUUUUACAGGUGAUGUUAUUCUCUGUUCCAGGGGAUUCAAUUAAUCGGACGGUUUCCUGGUGUUUCAACACGACGACGGAAGUGUUUCCGUCUUUGAAGCAACUGCAGUUUUCCAAGUUCGUGCAAGUCUGAGGACAGAAAAAAGUGACAUUUCAUGAAACAAGUAUAAUGGUGUUUGCAAUCAGUGUUUUCUUGCUCCAUAAACACUGAAAUUAACAGCUGUACAGUAGGCGUGGCCAGCAGAGUUAGUCACAUUGUGAAGACGGCUGGUCUUAGGAUACUCUAAACAAGCUCAAAACCCAGGUACUCGUCAUUUCUCGGAAUGGCUGCAGCAGUGCAAUCAGUGUCCUCGCCUCAGACUACAGUCGCAUCUCAAGUUCCUUUUGCUCACCUGUGUUCAACUUUAGAAAAAAUACAGAAAGCCAGACCAAGACCAGAGAAAACAAAACAUUUUAAAGACUUUCUGGAUUCUUGGAGAAAGUUCCAUGAGGCUCUUCAUGUGAAUGCUCCAAAUACCACAGACUCAUUCUACCCAGCAAUGCGUCUCAUUCUCCCCCAAUUAGAAAGGGAGAGAAUGGCAUAUGGGAUCAAGGAAAAUAUGCUUGCUAAGCUUUACAUAGAAGUUUUAGGUCUACCAAAAGAUGGAGGGGAUGCAAACAAGCUUCUGAACUAUAGAGCUCCUACAACCUCACAGGGAGACGCUGGGGACUUUGCUGUUGUUGCGUACUUUGUUCUUAAGACCAGGUGCCCAGCUCAAGGAAACUUAACAAUACAGCAGGUCAAUGAUUUCUUGGAUUCUGUUGCCAAUAAUAAUGCUAGCAAAAGAAAAGACUUAGUAAAAAAGAGCUUGCUACAGCUAAUAGCUCAGAGUUCUGCCCUGGAGCAAAAGUGGCUAAUCCGUAUGAUUCUUAAAGACAUGAAAUUGGGCAUUAGUAAAGAAACUGUGCUUCAGAUGUUUCAUGCAGAUGCAACUGAAUUACACAAUGUGACCACAGAUCUAGAAAAGGUAUGCAGACAACUUCAUGACCCAUCAGUUUCUCUCAGUGAUGUCUCUAUUGGGCUUUUCUCAGCAUUUAAGCCCAUGCUGGCUGGUGUUGCAAACAUAAAGCGAAUUGAAAAGCAAAUGAAUAACCAGAGUUUCUACAUUGAAACAAAGCUUGACGGUGAGCGCAUGCAGUUGCACAAAGACGGGGAUGUAUAUAAAUAUUACUCCCGCAAUGGGUAUGAGUAUACGCAGCAAUUUGGAACCUCUCCAUUGGAAGGUUCUUUAACUCCAUUUAUCCAUAAUGUCUUCAAGGUCAAUAUUGUAAACUGCAUUUUAGAUGGUGAGAUGAUGGCUUAUAAUCCCACUACUCAGACCUUCAUGCAAAAAGGCAACAAGUUUGACAUAAAAAGAAUGGUUGAUGAUUCAGAAUUGCAAACCUGUUUUUGCGUGUUUGAUGUGCUGUUGGUAAAUGGCCAGAAACUGGCCCAUGAGACACUCCGAAAACGAUACGAGACCCUUCAGACCGUCUUUACUCCCAUAGAGGGCAGGAUACAUAUUGUACCCAAAAUUGACGCAAGGACUAAUCAGGAAGUUGUUAACGCCCUGAAUGAAGCAAUUGACAACCGAGAGGAAGGAAUCAUGGUUAAGGACCCCAUGUCUAUUUACAAACCAGAUAAGCGUGGGGAAGGGUGGCUGAAAAUUAAACCAGAGUAUGUAGAUGGUUUGAUGGAUGAACUUGACAUCUUGAUUGUUGGGGGAUAUUGGGGGAAGGGCUUACGAGGUGGAAUGAUGUCCCAUUUUUUGUGUGCUCUAGCCGAAAACCCUCCACCUGGAGAAAAGCCGUCAGUGUUUCACUCUUUUUGCCGUAUUGGUUCAGGAUACACUAUGAAGGAGCUUUACGACCUUGGCUUAAAACUGGCAAAUCACUGGAAACCCUACCACAAGAAAAACCCUCCAGCUUCUAUUUUAUGUGGUACUGAAAAGCCAGAGGUGUACAUUGAUCCGUGCAAUUCUGUGAUCGUUCAGGUAAAGGCUGCCGAAAUUGUUGAUAGUGAUAUGUAUAAAACCGAGUGCACUCUGCGUUUUCCAAGAAUAGAAAAAAUAAGGGAUGACAAGGAGUGGUACGAGUGCAUGACCCUGAAAGAUUUGGACAGUUUUCGUGAUAAAGCCUCAGGAAAGCUGGCAUCCAGGCAUAUUCAUUUGAGUGAUGACCUACCAGAAAAGAAGAAAAGGAAACUUGCACCCAAACCAAGGAAAGUGAUUGGUGUAAUUGAUCAUUUCAAGCCCCAGGACCUUUCCAGUGUCACCAAAGUUACUGACAUAUUUGAGGAUGUUGAGUUUUGCGUCAUAAGUGGAAAUGAGGAUCAUUCAAAAGCAGAGCUUGAAAAAGGAAUUGCUGAAUGCGGUGGGGUUGUUGUCCAAAACCCUGGGAAAGAAACAUACUGCAUUAUUGCUGGCAUAGAAAACAUGAGGGUGAAAAAUCUUAUCUCUGCAAAUCAGUAUGAUGUUGUACAAAUCAACUGGCUUUUGGAGUGUCUGAAAAGGAAGGAGUGCAUGCCGUGGCAACCCAGUCACAUGAUCCAUAUGUCCCCGUCUACAAAGCAGCACUUUGCAAAAGAAUAUGAUUGCUUCGGGGACAGUUAUUAUGCAGACACUGACAAAGAGCAAUUAAAGGAAGUAUUUAGGAGGAUUAAUAAGACAGAAGCGAAGAUACCUUUGGUUGCCAUUGCAGAUAUAGAACAGAGAUUUUCAUGGGAUGAAGUGCCAACAAGCAUGUUCAGACAGUACCAAGUUUAUGUUGAUUGUUAUUCUGUCAUUGGUGAUCUUGGAAGCUUAAUCUGUGGAACAAGUUUGGAAAUAAGGGCUCUUGAGCUCAGAUUUUAUGGGGCUAAUGUUGUCUCCAAGCUUGUGGAAGGAGUUUCACACGUUGUCAUUGGUGAUCAAGCCCGUGUUCUCGAGCUGAAGGCUCUGAGGAGAAAGUUUGCUGUGAAGUUUAAGAUAGUGUCAGAAUUAUGGGUUGUGGAAUCAGUAAGUGAAGGACAUUUGUUGAAUGACAAUGAUUACUUAGUUUAAUGUUUCAAUGCAAAUAACACUACUGGUGAAGAGUGGCUUGGUCCCAGACAAUUACCAGUUUAGAUAUUGCUUUUACCUGUUUUUUUUUUUUUUUAAUUAAAUGAAUAAAUAUAUAUAUCAAUAUUUGUCACUAUCCUAUGAUUUAUUUUUGUGCAGAUUAGGGUUGGGACAACGCAUCAAUGCAUCGAAUCGGUGGAAUAACUGUCUCUGGAUAAAAUAACCAUCAAUGGUUGAAAAAAAAAAAAAAAAAAAACACACACACAC